UCCAAUCCUUCUCCUCCCUCGAUAUCGCUCACUCCCUCCAAUGAAUCGCCUGCCAUCCGCUCCAGGAGCAGGGCUGGCACCUUGCCGUCCUCCUUCUUGUCCACCAACGCCAGUGUGUUGUCAGGAGGGGCCUCCUCCAAUAAUUCGCCUUUGGUGAGUGGCCAGUACGACGUCGCUGGGUUGUCCAACAUGGAUCCGUUCUCCUUGGGCUUGCCUGCGGCUUCUGGGUCCUCCAACGCCAUUGACAUCCCCAACGGCUCCUCUUCCAUCAAUGGGGGCAACGCUGCCGUCAGGAGAAUGAGAUCAGGCUCGUUCUUCUCCACAAACUCGAUCUGGAACGACGACGUCACCCAGUCCCCCAACCAGAACGCCAAUCUCUUGGACAACACAAGCUUACAUUCUUUCGACAACUCCAACUUCAAUGCUGCCUCAAACAGCAGCUCCAGCUCCACCUUCUUGAGCCCAAACUUGACGGCUCAAUCCUCGACCCAGCUGAGCAAUGUUCUGGCUCCAACCGGGCCCAAUUGUGGGGGAGCAAAUGUUGGUGCCAACCAGCGCAAUAGGUCGUACACCACCACUGCUGCACCCAACGUGUCGGUGUUGCCCAUGUCCAACAACUACAACAACGUGGAUUCUUUCCAAGCAAACAGAAUGUCCACCUCUCCAUUCAUCAAUGCAUCCAAUAAAACCAACGACAUGAAUUCCUUGUUGGACAAUUUGAUGUUCAACAUGAACAGUACUGGUGGUGCCUCCAAUCCCCCCAAUGCAAGACUUCGCUCCCAAACGUUUUCUGGGUCAACCCCCACUAUUGCCGAGUCCAGUCUUCAGCAGCCUUUUUUGGCGCAAGGAAUGUACCAAAAGCACGUCCAACAGAAUCCAUUACAUGUCCAACACCCUACACCAUCACAGCAACAGCCUAUUAACAACAUACAACAACUCCCUCAGCACCAACCAUCGCAAGCAUCCCAGUUCAACCAGCAAGGAGUCACGCAUCCCAGUCUUUUCGACGACUUUGACUUCUCGCAAAUGGUGAUUACUACCAAUUUCGAGAACCCAAAUUUGGGUCCUACCAAGUUCCUUUUGUUUGACAAUAUCCCUCAAUUCAUUGACUCAUUGAAGUUGUAUCAGAUCCUUAAUAAUACUUUGGGCAAUAGAAGGUCCUUGGGUAGUAUUAGAGGUAUCAGGGUGGCCACCACAACCUCGUCGAAGUUGGCUUUAGUUGAGUGCUCCUCGGUGGACAUAGCCAUGACUUUAAAGGCUAGCUUUAACCAUUUGGAAUUGGUUCCAGGGGUCAUUUUAUAUGUUGCAUUUGCUAAGUUCGCUGACAGUAACCCUCAUCCUGAACCUGUUGCUAAAGCUGCUCCUACGUCGAAUGGGUCGGCACAUAAUUCAAACAGUAAUGGUGGUUCUUCUAACUCAGGUAGUACUAAAUCUAAUGUUGUGUUGGCUGAAACCACAAAGGUUACAGCCACUGAUUUGUUGAGUGUGCAAGAAAGUCUUACCCAAACAGUAAGAAAAUUAACUAUGCGGUCUAAAUACAUUGACAUCAACAAGAUUGUUUCAAUAGUUAACAAAUCAAUUUCUUACUCAAAUGAUAACUAUCAAAACAACUUUGGGCCACUCCCAGAUCCUAUCCCAUUGCGUCAAUUUGAUUCUCCAAAACUCAGGGAAUUGAGGAAAAUCCUUGAGAAUAAUGAAAAUGCAUUGGCCACCGGAUCUCCAUAUAAUGACAGAACCCCACCAGCAACCAACAAUGAUUCUGAUUCGGAUAGUGCCGAUAUUGCCACAAAAGUCAUGACCCAAGUAGAGUUGGAAGAAUUGUGUUUGGCUAUGUUGGACGAAUUGCCAGAGUUGUGCUACGAUUACCUUGGUAACACUAUUGUACAGAAAAUAUUUACUUUGGUCGAUUCUCCUCUUAUCAAGUUGAUGAUGGUCAAGGAAAUCGCCCCAUUUUUGACCCAAUUAAGUAUUCACAAGAAUGGUACUUGGGCAAUCCAGAAAAUAAUCAAUCUUUGUCAAAAGGACUUCCAACAAAUGUAUUUGAUUGGUGCAAGCUUGAAACCUUAUGCCGUCAAAUUAUUCAAUGAUCAGUUCGGAAACUAUGUUUUGCAAGGCUGUAUCAAGUUUGGAUCUCCAUUCAAUGAUUUCAUUUUUGAAACUAUGUUGGAUAAUUUCUUGGAAAUCAGUUUCGGUAGAUUUGGUGCAAGAUGUAUCAGAACUAUUUUAGAAACUGCCAACGAAACAAAUGAUAUAACCAACGAGCAAGUACUCUUGGUUGCAGGGCUUAUUGUUGAAUUUGCCAAUGAAUUGGUUGUCAAUAACAACGGUUCAUUAUUGAUCACUUGGUUUUUGGAUACGUUCAAUGAUAACGGAUCUACAGUUGAUGAUAGAUUCCAAUUACUCACUGCCAAGUUCUUGCCCAAGUUACUCCAGUUGUGUACACACAAAUUAGCCAAUUUGACUAUCUUGAAAAUCUUGAACAACCGCUCUGAUUUGAGUCUGAAGCAGUUGAUCAUGGACAGUAUCUUUGGUAAGUUUGAAGAUGACUCUUUUGACGGCGAUGAAGAAAAGGAGUCCAUUCGUUUACCUUCCAGAUUGUUGGAGUUGAUUUUGACUGAGAAUGCGGAUAACUCGGCUGGGCCCUUGUUCAUUUACAAGAUUUUAUCCAACCCAUUACUAUUGACGAUCAAUGACGACGUAUCGAGAAAGAGCUCAUUUGAAAUGAACAGUUCAAGCCGGAACGCAAGAUAUCAAACAUUUAUUGUUUCUCAAAUUAGAAGAAUUUUGCUUGAGCUCAACAUCAAUAAUCUCCAGCCAUACAAGAAGUUGAUGGAUGAGGUAGGGUUGAGCAGUAACAGGUUGAACAGAUCCACAUCCGUUGGUUCCAGAAGAAACAAGAGGAUGAAUGGACGGGGUGGAAAGAAUACCCAAGGUACAUCCCCUCAGGCAAUCCACCAAAUGCCACCAUACGCAGGAUCCAGUGGCCCUGGAGGCCCAGGGGGAGCAGGCGGGCCAAACGAGUUCCAGUACGGUGCUCAGCAAUUCCACCCCCAUAUGGCUCAACAAGGAUAUCCUAUAAUGGGGGGCCCUCAAGGUAUGAUGCCACCACAAAAUGUGAUGAUGGGCCAACAAGCUGGCGGGGGCCAAGGCAACUAUGGAGGUGUGCCUAACAUGCAAGUUCAACCCCAGUCGCAACCUCAAUCACAGGCUCAACAAUUAUAUCAACAACAACAAGAUAUAGCAGUUAUGCAACAAUUGGAGCAGUUAUCGUUGAGUUCUGCUGCUUUGGGAUAUAAUUCCAAUCCAGGUACUCCAGGUGUGACUUCGAGUCAAAGAAAUCUGUUU